GUCACUGCGCUGUUGUUUUGUUCGCGCAAGCACCGCAGUCACUGCGCUAUACAGAAAAAACUGCAUCAAACGCAAAGAUUCAUCAAAGAUUUAUUGCGAAAUUAAAAAUACAACAUAACCUAAAGACAUCCAACUAACUGCAAGCGUUAAGGGAAAGGGGAUACACCACCCGGGAGUAGGACAGAAAAAUAGAACGGUUGAAUAAAAAAUAAAGUAAAAAAAAAAAAAAAUCUAACAGAAAGAUUAUAACGUUUCAGCUAUUGCGAAAAAAAAAGCUGUUGUGUUUUUCUAGGUCUGAUAUUGUACAGGAGAGGAGAACAUAUUAGCUCGGGGGUGUUAUAGAAAGAAGGACAGAUAAACAUUAACAGCUUUGUACAGUAUAAAAAUGCAGUAAUAAUAAUACAAAAUAUAUAUUGUUAUUUUGUCACAUCUUGGGAAAUCGUCGGUAAAGACGUUGUGCAGACUGCACGAUUUCAUAACACGGCGCAGUAUUUUUGAAAUACGCAGCUAGUCACUAUGAAGUUUCUGUACAAAGAAGACCAUCCAUUUGAAUACAGGAAACGGGAAGGCGAAAAAAUUCGAAAGAAAUAUCCAGACAGAGUGCCAGUGAUUGUGGAAAAAGCACCAAAAGCCAGGGUUCCGAAUCUAGAUAAAAGAAAGUACCUUGUGCCAUCGGAGCUCACAGUGGGUCAGUUCUAUUUCCUCAUUCGGAAGAGGAUUCACCUGCGUCCUGAAGAUGCUCUCUUCUUCUUCAUCAACAACACCAUCCCCCCGACCAGUGCAACCAUGGGCCUUCUGUACCAGGAAAAUCAUGAAGAAGAUUUUUUCCUCUAUGUUGCGUACAGUGAUGAGAGUGUGUAUGGCCUGUGAGAGAGGGAGAGGAGAGGGGUGAAGAGAGGGAGAGAGAGAUGGGGGAGUAGGGGAGUAGGAGAGAACAGGUGAGAAUAGAGGGAUGGGAAGAGGUAAAAAGAAGAUAGGGAGAGGAGCAGGAGAGGAGAGGGGAAGGUAGAGCAGAUGGGAUAGUAGGGAGGGAAGGUAUGUGAGGAGAGGGGGAUAGAGGAAUAAGAAGGAAAGGAGAGGAGUAAAGAAGGAGAGAAGGAUUGAGACAUAUUCCUUGAUGUUCAGAGUGUGUGGAAUUUUAAAAAUAUUUAUUCCUGAAGAGAUAGCUGCUUUGGUUCUGUCUGAUCCGUUGAAACAGGAUUUCUGUUCAAUUGCUUUCAGUUCCGUUGAUUUUGUGCAAUAAAUGAGAGAAUAACGACCAUG